AUGAAAAAACUCAUUUUCUGCCUGCUUUUCGCCGUUUUUACCCUCGCCAGCCUCGUAAGUUAACUUUUUCAUUCAAUUUCACCGCACUUCGCCCUAAAUUUCGCCAUUUUUUCCAGGAAAACGGCGGCUGGACGACCGAAGAGAAGGAUGUGGUGGAGCAGAAAACGGAAAAGUGCAAUAUCGAACGGCACGAUGCGCGCGAGCUCACACAGAAAGAGUUUCUGAAGAGGUGAGUGAUCGAUAAUUGUUCGGAAAGUUUAGAAAAUUGCGUUAGUUUUGCAGGUACGCUUAUUCGGAGCCUGUGAUCAUUUACAAUGUGGACAAUGCGGAAUUCUCGAAAUUGACGGAGAAAUCGGAAAUGUUGGCCACGUGGCACGAUGUAGACGUUACCCUGAAUUCGGCAAACACCUACAGUUACACCAGGGUUCGUUUUGUGGGCCAACAAUUUGUUUCUUAAUUGAUUUCUUAUGGGGCUAUUCAGCGUAUGUUUGUUUUCCGUUUGUUUUUCGUUUUUUUACAUCGCUGAAUUGGAUUUUUGACGUAAAAAAACGAAAAAAACGGAAAACAAUCAUUUUUUUCACAGCCUGAAUAACCCCAUUAGGAAAUUUCGCAAUUUUAGGUGCCCACCACGUUCGGAAAGUACAUUGAGGAGCAAAUGAAGCCGCAGAAUCUCGAGAUGCUCGGAAAUGAAACACUUUACUUGUUCGGAGAUAUCGAUCAAAAGUUAGUUGAGAGAAUUUCACCAAUAAAACUGGAUUUUUGUUCAGAAUUUGGAAGCCGCUUCUAGAAAAAUACCGUCAGCCGGCGUGGCAACUGCCCGGCCACUCGGCGGCCCUCUCUUUCGGCAUCGCCGGCGCCGGCACGGGCGUUCCGUUCCACUUCCACGGUCCCGGAUUCGCCGAAAUCAUUCACGGAUCGAAACGGUGGUUUUUGUAUCCGUACGAGCAGAGACCCAACUGGAAUCCUGACAAAACCACGUUGGAAUGGUACGUUCCGGAAGGGAAACUUUUUGAAGUGAUUUCUGUUAAAAAGACGAAACAAUUGAACAAAACGUUAUUUUUAUUUGCAGGUACAUGUACGACUAUCCGAACUUGUCCCGUGACGAAUUGCCGCUCGAAUGCGAGAUGAAACCGGGAGAAUUGAUUUAUUUUCCGGAUAAAUGGUGGCAUGCCACUCUGAACAUUCAAUCCUCCGUCUUUAUUAGCACCUUUUUGAGCCCUUAA